GACUGCCCCAGUGGCCACGGGCACUUCGUCCAACUCUCACACCAUGAAUCAGCUCGGAACCGUCUACGCCACGAAGAGACGCAGAAGGAAUGGCAAAAGCCUGAAGCCGCCACCGAAGGACGGCGUGACGAAGAGUAACCCCAGUAAGAGACAUCGCGAGCGGCUAAACGCAGAGUUGGACACUUUGGCCAGUCUCUUGCCCUUCGAGCAGAAUAUCUUGUCCAAGUUGGAUCGUCUCUCGAUUCUCCGGCUAUCCGUCAGUUACCUGCGCACUAAGAGCUACUUUCAAGUCGUGAUGCAUAAGGAUAAGGAAGACGGGAUGCACCACGACUCGCAAUUCAGGAAUCGAGAUCUCACGACGUAUGACCACACGCUGCUUGAUGGCGAAAUGUUCCUGCAGGCGCUGAAUGGGUUCCUGCUUAUACUCACAUGCGAAGGCGAAGUGUUCUUCGCCACCCAUAGCAUCGAGAGCUACCUCGGCUUCCAUCAGUCGGACAUCGUACAUCAGUCGGUGUACGAACUAGUGCACUCUGAGGAUCGAGAGGAACUCCAGCGACAACUGAUGUGGAACUCUUUCUUGCCACCCGAGUCAGCCAACACUGUGCUCCAAGACGUUCUUCAGCCAGAUAACUGCCACCUUCUGGAGCGUAGCUUCACCGUCCGCUUCCGAUGUCUCUUGGACAACACCUCAGGGUUCCUGCGACUGGAUAUCCGAGGACGAAUCAAAGUUCUCCAUGGACAGAACCGCAAAACCGAGGAACCUCCUCUUGCACUGUUCGCCAUUUGCACUCCUUUUGGUCCGCCAUCAUUGCUUGAGAUCCCCCAAAAGGAGGUGAUGUUCAAGAGCAAACACAAACUUGAUCUCACUCUUGUAUCCAUGGACCAGAGGGGGAAGAUGCUGCUCGGAUACUCAGACGCCGAACUCGCCAAUCUGGGAGGUUACGAUCUAGUCCACUACGAUGACCUCGCCUACGUGGCAAGCGCGCAUCAAGAACUCCUGAAGACGGGUGCAUCCGGCAUGAUCGCGUAUCGGUUCCAGACCAAGGAGGGACAGUGGCAGUGGCUGCAGACAAGUUCACGGUUGGUGUACAAGAACUCAAAGCCAGACUUCGUCAUCAGUACUCAUCGGCCACUAAUGGAGGAGGAAGGUCGAGACCUACUAGGGAAACGAACCAUGGACUUCAAGGUGAGCUACCUGGACGCAGGGCUAACCAACAGCUACUUUACGGACUCUGAUCAGCUGGUGGUUGGCUCGGUACAGCACCAUUCUUCGCCGUCCUCGUCGCAUCACAACACCGCCGUGUCCACCGCCCCUCAGCGGGUGAAUCGGCGUUACAAGACGCAGCUACGAGACUUCCUGUCAACAUGCCGGACCAAACGCAAGCUGACGCACCACGUAGGUGCCGGCACCACUGCGGGCACUACCGCGACGAGUGGCACCACGCUUCCCAACACCAUGGCGACCGUGGACUACAUCGCCGCCACGGACACGUCCAGCGCCGCAGCUGCGGCCGUGGCAGCCGCCUACUCCAACCUGAACAACAUGUACAGUACGCCGUAUCCCAGCACGGCUGUAGCGGGGUCGGCGGCGGACUCCUACAUGGGACACUCGGGGAACUUCCACCAGACACUGUAUCCUGCCGCGGCCGCUCGCCGCUUCCUGGCCGCGACAACAGAGAACCUGUUCCAUCAGUACCGGCCUCUGGGCACGUACUACCCCGACUACCACCACGCGGCCGCUACAACGCCGUACGUGAGCAACGGCUUCCUUGACAUGUCACCGCGCGCAACCACCUGCAACCUUCCGACGUACGACACCAGUCCGUCGGCAACUGGCACGCACCACCACAUGCACCACCAGCUGACAGGCAAGACAGGUGACGCAGAUAAACUGUACUCGUGUCAGCAGCUGGUGGACACGACGCCCGCCUCGAAGUACGCGACGGUGGUGGACAGCGGUCGGGGAUACGUGGUGGCCGGUGGUAAGUGCCUCGACGUGGCGUCUCCGUAUUCCGUCUCGCCGACCGGCGCUGUAACCAUCCAGCCGAUAGUGAUGGCGUCGCACUCGCCGUCCAUUAUAGGUGACAUGACUCAUAACAAACUAGUGGUGACAGGUGGUAAGACGAGUUCAAAGCACUCGCCGUCAAUGGACGGAAUGUCUUCGUCCAACUCGGCAGGAUCUUCGCCGGCAGCGACUACCGCAAAUGGCCUCAUCACGCCCAAGCUGGAAGACAUCAAGACAGAAGUGAGUUUACUGCAGUCGGGAAGUCCGCCGUCUCACCAUCAGCUCACCAGCCACCACAUGAACAACCAGCAGGUGGUGCAGACCGCCGCCACUCCAACUGCCAUCCUCCCUCACCACUACUCGCCCCCCGCAGCGGCAACCGACGUCCCGCGCCAGACAGUUCUGAUGUGGGGUAGCGGAGGCACCACGACACUCAACCACGCGGCCUCGUCUGGCAGUAGCAGCAGGUCGCCGCCCCCGAACGCGAUCGUCAACUCCGUGUCCUCCAACCCCGGCACGCCCGUAGUCACUACCCUCUCGAAUGGGACGCCCACGUCUUACGGCGUCCACCCUCAGCCAGACGCGAGUCCCGUCGGCAAGAAGUACAACAGUUCUGGCGCUGAUCCGCUCAAGUCUCUGGCAGAAAUGAAUUCGAUGGGUAGUGGCGAGUGGACGAAGCCAGAGCCAGUGUCCUCGGUGUCCCCCUCCCACCCCGCUAGCAGCCCGGCGCUUAGCGCCAAGUCCUACCAUCACCAUCACCAGCACCACCAAGUGGUGACGUCCCAUCACCACCAUCACCACCAGCACAGCGGCGGACUGGCGUACAGUGAGACUGGUGCCGGGAGCGAGCACGCCGAACAGCGACAACGGAUACCCUCAGAUAAGCCGGACGGGAGUCCUCUGCUGUCCAUCUCUGAGGUGACCAACACACUCCUCAACCACGAGUAGCAAUGGUUGGGCCAUGUGAAGUCUUCUCCCGGAUGUGAGAAGGUAUAAGUGUUACGUCAUGUCCUGUCUGCCGAAUUACACGAACAUUAUUAUUAUCGCGCCAUCUUGUUCUAGAAAUCAAAAUAAGAAAUAUACAUAUUGAUAUCAAUAUUUCGCUUUAAUAUAAUAAUUAUUAUAUUAUCAUAGCUGUGUGUGUGUAAAAUCGUCCGUGAUCUUUGUUGUAUACAUAUUUGUAAAUCAUUCUCGUAAUUAAUAUAUACGUGUUUUCUGUGAUAUAUGUCGAAUAAAAUUACUGUAAAAUACUAGCCUCUAUUGAUAAGUUUUAAGAAUCACUGUAAAUCGUGUACCAUGAUUUUAAAACUUGCAUAAUAUAUAUAUACAUAUACAUA